AUGGAAGCGCUGAGUGCCGACAUCCAUCGGACGCCAAACUGCCACACGCAAGUGUACAAGCAACGCGUCAAAAUGCAGGGCUGUCUGCCGAAAGUGGUUGUUGGGAGAUUCUGCCACGGCACCUGUACAUCCUUCUACAUCCCUCGGUUGCGGGCCCACCGAUUCAAGGCCUCCUUCCAAACGUGUGCGGCCUGUGUGCCGAAAGAUAUGGAGACGAUUACCGUAACCCUCGACUGCCCACUGAUGAACCCCCCGCAGCAGACACAGGAUAUUGUUAUGGUGAAAAAGUGCGAAUGCCGGGCAGUGAAGAUUCUGGUG